UGCGUUAGCUCCACGUGAAUUUUCACUACUUAAGCUCCUCAGAUCGAUCCUCUUGAUUCAUUCCGCUACACAGGAAGCAAGGAAAACCCACUGUUCUCUCUACUGAAGCUACAAGGACAUCAUCAUCAUACAAUGUCAAAACCCUCGUCCCACGCUGAAGAUUUAUAUCUCUCAUCCUCCACGGAGGAAGAUUCGUCGGCACCGCCGCCGCCACCGCCGAAGGUUGACGUGAUCGACAAAAGAAAAAAUCCAAGCCGCCGACAUCGACGAGCUCGAGCAAGAGGUCAAAACGUUCGUCCCAUACCGAUUCGUAUCUCUCAUCCUCCACUGAGGAAGAUUUGCCAGCACCGCCACCGCUACCACCGAAGGCUGACGCGGUCGAAAAAAGAAAAAAUCCAAGCCAUCGACAUCGUCAGCAAGCUCGAGCAAGAGGGUCAGAAUAGCUCCUGUGAAGCCGCGGCACGGCACUGCAGCGGAACUAUUCGGUGCCGAUAGCGAUGACGAGGGAUUAGAAGCGAACCAACCUGCAGGGGAGGUGGGAUCACGUAACCGUCCGUUAUCCAGAACUAUUUUAAUGAAAUGUGACAAAUGUCAAAUUAAAUUGCCUAAGAAUGAAUACAAUGCCCAUUUGAGAACUAAUUUACAUAAAUCGAAUUGCAUAUUGAAAACUGAUUUGAAUAAUAUUGAAAUUAUAGCAACAGCCUUUAAAAACAGAAUAGUCACCUAUCGUCUGAAUGCAACACAAAAUGAAUACGUAACUCCUGAGACGUUUUUGUGUGAUAUCAAAAGUAACAUUAUGAAAGUUGUAGAAAUGUCAUUACGGGAACAUAAAAGUAUCAAAAUAAACUAUGAGCUUUUCGUUUACUUUACAUUACCUCAUUCAGGCAAACAACAGUUAAAGUCAUUCAAUACAAAAUAUGAUGUUAUUUAUGAAAACACAAAUAUCAAUGAACUGUUUGAAAAUACGAUUGAACAUUUAAAAAAUAAAGUUAUAGAAUUUGAGCACCGUGAAUCAGGCUGGUCUUUUGUCGCAAUAAGUCAUUUAGAAGUUAACGUAAACAAGUAUUGUCCGAUGCGAGGAGGUACUUACAUACCUUUACCCCCAAGUGUCAAAAAUACUAAAAGCUGCAUUAAUAUUCAAAACAACGAUAAUUGUUGCUUUUUAUGGAGUAUACUGGCUGGUCUAUAUCCUGCAAAGAAUAAUGUGUGUCGAACUAAAUCAUACCCGCACUAUUCAGAUGUUUUAAAUAUCGAUGGAAUGUCAUUCCCAUUAUCAGUCAGCGAUAUACAGUUAUUUGAAAAAAAUAACCCUGAUAUAAGCAUUUGUAUAUAUGGAUUGGAUAAUAAGUAUGCAGUAACAGGUCCUCUAUAUAGAUCCAAAUCAAAGAAAAAUAAUCAUUUUAAUCUAUUAUAUAUUGAAGUCGUUGGUAAAGGACAUUACUGUUUAAUUAAAGACCUGGUACGAUUAGUUAGAAGACAAGUAACUUUACAUAGAGGCCACAUGCAUUUCUGUGACUCAUGUUUGCAAUUUUUUAAAAGCGAUAAUAAAUUUAAAACACACCAUUGUUCCGAAAUUGUAACAGUUUUACCUAAUGAAAAUACUGUCAUUCAAUUUAAGAACUUCGAACGUAAACAAAAAAUCAAUUUUAUUAUAUACGCUGAUUUUGAAAGUAUGUUAAUUAAUUGUAAUUCAGACAG